AUGGAUUCUGGUCUAACUGGCCCUGGUUCUGAUCUAACUGGCUCUGGUUCUGGUCUAACUGGGCCUGGUUUUAGUCUUUCUGGUUCUAGUCUAACUAGGCCUGGCUCUGGUCCAACUGGUUCUGGUUCUGAUCUAACUGGUCUGUCUCUGGUCUCUCUGCAGGUCUACUCUCCGAUGGCGGGUGGUGGGAUGGGUUCUGGUCUCGGGAUGGGCUCCAUGUCGGGCUACAUGUCCAGCAGUGGGACCACAUCAGGCUCCUUCAACAUGUCCUACAGCGGGACCGGUCUGAGUCCUGCCCCGGUGGGGGGGAUGGGCGGCCCAGCUCCGGCAGCCAUGUCGGGUCUGGGUGGAGGCGUGGCCUCGAUGGGCGGGACCCUGAGCCCGUCCAGUAUGAGCUCUGUGUCGGCUCAGCAGGCCUCGAUGGGCCUGAACCCAUAUGGGGGCAUGAGUCCCACCAUGAGUCCCAGCAUGGCGUACGGCGGCAGUGGGCUGAACCGUGGCCGUGACAACAAGGCAUUCAGACGGAGCUACCCACACGCCAAACCACCCUACUCCUACAUCUCACUCAUCACCAUGGCAAUCCAGCAGGCUCCCAGCAAGAUGCUGACGCUGAGUGAAAUCUACCAGUGGAUCAUGGACCUGUUCCCGUACUACCGGCAGAACCAGCAGCGCUGGCAGAACUCCAUCCGGCACUCACUGUCAUUCAACGACUGCUUUGUGAAGGUGUCGCGCUCACCGGACAAACCGGGGAAGGGCUCGUACUGGACCUUGCACCCAGACUCCGGGAACAUGUUCGAGAACGGCUGUUACCUGCGCCGCCAGAAGAGGUUCAAGUGCGAGAAAAAGAUGUCAGCUAAAUCAGACGGCAGGAAGGAGCAGGGGGGGGUAGGGGAAGGAGCGUCUCCCUCUGGGGACUCCAUCAAAGCUCCAGGACUCCUGGACUCGUCCUCUGUGCCCUCCUCCAGCCAGGUGACCUCGCCUCCUGGUCUGGACCUGCGGGGAGGUGUUGGCGGGGCGUCGGACCUGAAGGUGUCCGGCUCCCAGCUGCUGUCGUCCCUGUCGUUACCCCCCCACUCCAUGGCUCAUGAUUCCCAGCUGCACCUGAAAGGAGACCCCCACUAUUCCUUCAACCACCCGUUCUCCAUCAAUAAUUUAAUGUCGUCCUCGGAGCAGCAGCACAAACUGGACCUGAAGGCCUACGAGGCGCUGCAGUACUCCUCCUACAGCGCUGGGGGGGGCUCUGGCCUUGGGGGGAGGACCAUGGAGACUCUGGAGGCCUCCUACUAUCAGGGGGUGUAUCCCAGACCGCUCCUCAACACCUCGUAG